AUGGCUUAAAAGUGACAGACUUAUACAGGAACAAAGAUUGAGAAUAGCUCUCAAGUCUCUCCCUAUAAAAUUUCACAUCUUCUCUACUCCCCUGCACUUCACACAUACAAUCCAAUCUUUUAUUUCUUUCUACCAAUCUUUAAUGGCUUCAAAAAGCAAGAUUCUGAUCAUUGGAGGGACAGGCUACAUCGGCAAGUACAUCGUCAAGGCAAGCGCGAAGUCCGGCCACCCAACGUUUGCACUGUUGAGGGAAACAACAGCUGCUUCUGGUACUGAGAGAGGUAAUCUCCUUGAGAGCUUCACGAAAUCUGGCGUGUCUUUCCUCCAGGGAGAUCUCAACGAUCAUGGAAGUUUGGUGAAGGCAAUUAAGCAGGUGGAUGUGGUGAUCUGUACUGUAGGGAAGCAAUUGAUACAAGAGCAGGUGAAGGUCAUAGCUGCCAUUAAAGAAGCCGGGAAUGUGAAGAGAUUCUUCCCUUCAGAGUUUGGAAAUGAUGUUGAUAAUAUCCAUGCUGUUGAGCCAGCAUUGUCCAUGUGGAAUAAGAAGGUUAAAAUCCGCCGAACCGUUGAAGCUGAAAGAAUUCCCCACACCAUUGUUGUCUCCAACUUCUUCGCCGGCCAUUUCCUCCCUAGUUUGGCACAGACUGGAGCCACAACUCCUCCUCGAGACAAAGUAGUCAUAUUAGGGGAUGGAAAUCCCAGGGUAAUUUGUAACAAGGAGGAAGACAUUGGUACUUACACAAUUAAAACUGUGGAUGACCCAAGAACCUUGAAUAAGAUCCUCUACAUCAAACCACCUGGAAACAGUAUCUCAUUCAAUGAGCUUGUGUCUCUCUGGGAAAAAAAGAUUGGUAAAACCCUUGAAAGGGUCUAUGUUUCAGAGGAACAACUUUUGAAGGAUAUCCAAGCUGCUCCAUUUCCAGUAAAUGUAACUUUGUCACUUGAACACUCAGCAUUUGUGAAAGGUGAUCAUACAAACUACAAGAUAGAUCCUUCUAUUGGACUGGAGGCUUCUGAGCUAUAUCCUGAUGUGAAAUACACCACCAUAGAUGAUUACAUGAAUCAGUUUGUUUAAUUUUUUUUUUUUUUUUUUUUUUCUUGGGUUCCUUGCUUCAAAGAAAGGGAGACUUCAUUAGUUCAAGUCU